CAGUCUUUAUCAGUGUGAGCCAGCUGUCACACUCGCUUUACUCUUCUUCUAAAAAUCAGCCAGAAGAAGGAAAUUCCUCUCCAGAGGACGUCUAGAAGCGAAGUUUGGUAACCAUGACGACGUACCUGCUCCUGUGUUUUUUCUUACUCGGAGGUCACCGGUCAUUGGCGUGCCCCCACCCUUGCUCCUGUCAGGGAAGUCGGGUGGACUGCAGCGGCAGGUCUCUCAUUUCCGGCUCCGUGCCCUCCAGUUUCCCGACAGGAACCACCGAGCUGCGUCUCCAUGACAACCUGCUGAACACCCUCCCCAACGGGCUGCUGGACGACCUGACGUCCCUGCGCUCCGUCUCCCUCCACGGCAACCCCUGGAUAUGUGACUGCGGCAUCCUCUACCUGCGAGCCUGGCUGAGACUUCAGACCGCCGACGUCGCGUCCUACCUGGGGGUGAACUGCAGUUCUCCUCCCAGCCUGAGAGGGCGCUCUGUGGCGUAUCUGACCGAGGAGGAGGUGCUGGAGUCCUGCCACUACUGGUACUGCAACCUGGCCCUGGCCUCUCUGGGCUCCCUGUUGGUGUUUGUGGCGGUGCAGGCGGCUCUGCUGGUGGCUCUCAUCGUUUUCCUGAAGAGGUUCGAAAGGCUGACCAAGGAGGCCAAGCGGACCACGGAGGAGAGUUUCACGGCCGGGGAUGGACUCAGAGAAAACGAUUAUGAGAAUUUAAAGGACAGCAGCAUCUGAGAUGAAGCCCUUAACCCUCUUUUGACCAUAAAUAUUACUGGAGUGCCUUGUAUUUUUAUCUAGUAGCUGUAAAACUGUCAAAAAAACUGCAUUGAGUCUGUAUUUUUGCUCCUUUUUCUAGAAACAAUCUCACUUAGUUUUUUUAACGACACCUUUAUUAGGGUCAAGAAGAAAAAAAAGCCGAAAAAAGGAACUUGAAAAUUUCUGAGUUUCAAAAAUUAUAUUAAUAUGUAAAAUUCAAAAAUUGCCUUUUUUAGAUUUCAGAGUUCUUUCUAGGAAAUUUUACACUUUUUCAAAAUCAGAAUUAGUGUUUUUUUUGUAGAAUAUUUUGUUAAUUUUUUUUUUGUCUUAUCUAACAAAUUUUAGACUUUCCACAUUUUUUUAUAUAUAUAUAAAACAUCUGGGACUCUCACAUUUUCUGUGUUUUUAUAGCACACCCAGAACAUUUGCUGCAGGUUUGCUGAAAAAUCCAGCAAAUUUUUAAAUAAAAAAAAAAAUUGUGGGCUUGAAAACAAACGGGGUUUCAGACUCAAAAAUGUAAAAACCCAGACUCAGAAAUUUCUAAGCUUCUUUCUAAAAAAAUUCUGAAAUUAAUCUCAAAAUCUUUUCUAGCAAAUUUUUGAUUUUUCAAACUCAGAAAUUUUUCAUUUUUUUCUUGAAAAUUCUUGAGCUUAAUCUCUGCAUUUCUGAGGUUUUUCUCACAAAGUUUCAACUUUUGAACCCAGAACUUUCCGUGUUUUUCUGAAAAAAUAUCUUUGAUCAUUUUCAAUUUUUAUUUUUAUUUUUUUUGCAUAAAUUUACUCCUUCAUUUCUAUCUACAAUUAACCUAAUAUGGUGUUGUAGCUGUCUGGUAGUUAUUUAGCAUUUCAGUCUAUUAAUAAUUGUCUCUCUCUGAAUUACUUGUAGAAGUCUGUAAAUGUGUUAAUAAAGUUAUGAACCUUCAUUAGUUUAAGAUAUUUCUUGAUGUCACGAAUAUAAGACUCACUCAGAAGUCUAGUUAUUUUUUAUUUUUAGGAACAUCUAUUUAAUUUUUGAAUUUAGUAAUUUAAUAUUGUUUAUAUUCUGCAAACUUAACACUUCCUAAUUAAAUUUUAAUUUGAAAUUUGUUAGAUUGCAUCAAGACAAAAGAGAGAAAUUUAUAUCCACUUGUUCUCUUAACCACAUGUAUUUUAUAAAAAUUUAUAUUUUAGAAUUUAUAGUAAACUAAACUUUAAAGUAUUU